ACUUUUCACUUUGACCUUUCUCGGUUACCGUAGGCACGCCAGUCCACUCGCGAUCCCUUUUCGAUUCGCUCCGCGUUUUUAAUGCAUCAAGACGUUCUUCCCGGUUUGUCUGCUGGACCGGAUAACGUUGCUCCUCUGUCUAUUGCGAUCUAAAUUCACAGGAGACGAGGAAAAGCUUGAGCACCGCUCCAGGCCGCUCAGCUACAACAACGUCCACUGCGCUAAGCCGCCUUGGGAGCACGAAUUUGCGGGGAGGGUCGCUGCAAUGGACCAAACUGCUACAGUGGAGCACUACAAGGCAGCCAUGUUGCUGAGUGGCGCAGGUGAUGCUUUGGGCUUCAGGAACCAGAAAUGGGAGUACAAUGAGUCCGGACCGGCCAUUCACAAGGAGCUCGAGGAGCUGGGCGGGCUGCAGAACAUCAAGGUGGAGUUGCCCGAUUGGCCUGUGAGUGAUGAUACGGUCCUGCAUCUGGCCACAGCUGAAGGACUUGCCACCGGAAUGAAAGGGGAAGAGCUUCUGCACGAGGUUGCUGCUCGCUAUGUGGAGGCGAUGAAAGACAUGGAAGGGAGAAAACCAGGACCCUCAAGCAUUCUGGGAGUGUCCCAGCUGAAGCCCGGGCAGGAAGGGGGCUACAGGGUUGCGUACAACCCAGAGGGGACGGGCUGCGGCGCCGCAAUGAGAUCUAUGUGCAUUGGACUCAGGUACCCAAAGCCUGAGCAGCUGUUGUCCUUGGUAGCCGUUGCUGUCGAAACGGGCAGGAUGACGCACCCUCACCCGACUGGUUUUCUGGGAGCUGUGGCCUCUGCCCUUUUCGCCGCAUACGCUGUGCAGCGCCGGCCUCUGGCCACAUGGGGCGUGGGCCUGCUUAACGAGGCCUGCCCCAUCGCCAGGAACUUUGUUCGCGGCCGAGGAUACGCUGUGGAUGACACGGAGCAGGGCUGGGACUACUUCUGCGACAAGUGGCAGUGGUACCUGGAUACGAGGGGCAUCUCAAACUGCGUGGGUCCGGUCAUCUGGCCCGAGCCGUACGGGCCGGCCGAGAGAGACGAAGCGUACAAGACUUUCAGCCUGGCGGGCUGGGCGGGACGCAGUGGCCACGACGCUCCCAUGAUCGCCCUCGACGCCCUGCUGGCCGCCGGAGAUGACUGGAACGACCUGAUGAGCAGGGCUGCUUUCCACGGAGGAGAUAGCGACAGCACCGCCGUGAUCGCUUGCUGCUGCUGGGGUCUCCUCUACGGGACCCGGGGCGUCCCGGAGGGCAACUACAGCUGCCUGGAGUACCGCCAUCGACUUGAGCGCAGUGGCGAGCUGCUCUACUCGCUGGUGCACUGAGCGCAGGCCAUGUGCAGAUGUGUUGACGGGGGACAGGACGAGCUGAGCCGAGCUGUCGCAUGCUUGGUGUCCCACUGGCCGACAGAGUCGCCGCAACAAGGACGUCUGCUGUCACAUCAUUUUGCAAAAGAGGCUGCUGCUCUAUCAAGACGUCUGUCCCCCGCUAGUGGCUGUUUGAAAUAACCGUGCAAAGGCUGCUAUCGGGUUUAAAGUCCAUGUACUUACUAGUCCUAGUCAAUGUGACUCAUUGGAGAAUAAAAUAGCUUCACAACA